AUGGCCGCCAACAAGCAGGGCAAGAUGAUCAACUACCGGAUGAGGGUAACCCUCAACGAUGGCCGACAAAUGACCGGUCAGAUGCUCGCCUUCGAUAAGCACAUGAACCUCGUUCUCGCAGACACAGAAGAAUUCCGCCGAAUUAAGCGAAAGUCGAAGCCGGCCGCCGGCCCCAACAACGCCCCGCUGGUCGAAGCGGAGGAGAAGCGAACCCUCGGUCUGACAAUCGUGCGCGGUACUCAGGUUAUUUCCUGCUCUGUGGAUGGACCGCCUCCUGCAGACCCGUCUGCGCGGCUUGGCGCCGGUGCGCCAGGUGCCGCUGCUGCAACUCUCGCCGCGGGCCCCGGAAUCAGCAAGCCCGCUGGUCGUGGCCUGCCGGUCGGACUGGGUGGUCCUGCAGCUGGUGUCGGUGGACCGCCACCCCCAGGAGGCUUUGGAGGGUUCCCGCCGGGUGGUUUCCCCGGAGCGCCGCCGCCUGGAUUUGCUGGACGUGGAGGACCCCCGGGUGGACCUCCGGGCUCUUUCCAACCUCCUCCCGGCUUCCAGCCUCCUGGUCAGGGACGUGGAUUUCCUCCCCCCGGGUUUGGCGGUAGGUGA